AUGGGAAGGAACCAGGUCCUCACCUCCUACCUGUGGGUCCGUCAGGCCUGGCUGGAUGCCCACCUCGCCUGGGACAAGGACGCUUACGGCGGCAUCGACAGCAUCCGCAUCCCCAGCAGCUACGUCUGGCGGCCGGCCAUCAUCAUCCUCUACAACGACGCCGACGACGGCUUUGGCGGCUCGGUGGAGACCAACGUGGUGCUGCGCUCCGACGGGCACAUCACGUGGGACUCGCCCGCCAUCACCAAGAGCUCCUGCAAGGUGGAUGUCUCCUACUUGCCCUUCGACGGGCAGCAGUGCCGCCUCACCUUCGGCUCCUGGAGCUACAACGGGAACCAGAUCGACCUCCGCAACCGGCUGGACACCGGGGACCUGACGGACUUCGUGGAGAACGUGGAGUGGGAGGCGCUGGGCAUGCCGGCUACUAAAAUAAGGGAGGACUUAGAAAACGAUGAAUUAGACGAAGGAGAAAAAUUAUUUGUGGACGGCUCCUCACGAGUGGUUGAAGGACAACGGAAAUCAGGAUAUGCUAUUGUGGAUGGACGGUCCUUCAAGAGGGAUAGAAGGAAAGAGGUGUAA